AUGUAUUCACAGACGUGCCAAUUGGUUCGGGAGGUGAGAGUGGUAGGCUGGGACAUUUCCUAUGGAGCUGAGUUUGUACCCAGUGCUAAGGGUGGAUACACAUGGAUUGUACAGAAAUCGACAGCCUACUUUUUUCAGGGAGACCGACCCAUAGCCCAAGAAACAAACUCUUUGGCAGGCAACUUCAGACUUUUACUCAUGGACAGUAACAUUCAUCAUAUGUGGAGUUUUUGUGAUCCUGAACAAGAGGCAAAACUGGAUAAAGAUGUCCCUGAAAAGAAUGAGAAAGGAAAAAGAAGGUCAGACCAUUUCCAAAAUUACAUUCAAGAAUUUAUCCAUUCACACAUUCCUACCACAGGUCUUACACUAUCCACCAAAAUCAAUAGCACCUUUUUCCUUGAUGCUGGUUUCAAUGAAGUUACUGAAGUCAGGAAAUGGGUUGAAGCACAUAAAGAAGAACUCAACGACAUUGCACUGGAGAAACCAAAUCAGAUAGUGACUCCCACAAAAUUAUCUCCGACCCCACACAAGAAAUUUACAGAAAUACAACAUCUAAAAGGAAGACUUCUCGGGCGAAAAUACUACUGGGUCAGAGCUACACCGUCCAUUAAAACAACAAAACAAGCUUUUUGGUACAUCUCUUGCAACAACUGUAAUAAAGUCACUCAUGAUGAUUUCAAUGAAAUGUUCCUGUGUGUUUAUUGCAAACAUCCUACUGCAAAAGCCGUCCCAAGAGCUAAUGCCACUGUACAAUUGGAAGAUGAAAGUGGAACUUUGGAUGCAAGUGCAAUUGCAGAUCCUGCAUAG